CCGGUCGGUUUGUUUACUUUCGUCAAAUGGCGCUUAAACGCUUCCACGUCUUUAAUUUAGAAAUAACAACGUGAAAUAAAAUGCACCUUUCCGAGUUUUACUCAUAGACUGUGUGGUUUCACUUGAGUUAGGUGGUUGAACCCGCGGUCCUGUCUUACGAACCCCGCGUCCAAGCGAACCCGGAAGUAAGUAAGAGUGCGUGUUCUCGCUUCAGUGUCUUCGUCUUUCCUAGUGAACCCAUAGCAUCAGUGUCGUGAACAUCAGAGGUUUCUUGUUGUGGCGUGAUAUUAGAAGAUAUUAUGCCGUUCAGGCGAAGAUCAAGGGCUGCAUAUGUGAAGACUGACAAGUAAAGAUUAUUGUGAUCCAUUAUGGGGAACACGCCGUCAAAGAGUGGCAGUGGAGAGGAGCCAGUCAAAACAACUUUGUUUGAAAAGGAGCCAAAUGGGAUUACAUACAGGAUUCCUGCUCUCAUUUAUCUGAGGCACUGUCACACCUUCCUCGCCUUUGCAGAAAAAAGAUCCUCCCCUUGUGACCACGAUGCCAAGAUCCUUGUGAUGAGAAGAGGAACGCUGAAAGAUGAUGGCUCUGUUCAGUGGUCAUCCAGUCAGGAGCUGUCAACAGCGUGUCUAUCAGACCACCGCACCAUGAAUCCCUGCCCUGUGUAUGAAAAAAACAGCAAAACCCUGUUUUUAUUUUUCAUCUGCGUCUUGGGGAACACCACAGAGGCGCGGCAGAUCCUGACAGGUAAGAACAAGGCCCGCCUUUGCUGCAUCAGCAGCGGCGAUGACGGGCAAACCUGGACCCAAGCAAGAGACUUAACAGAACGUGUGAUUGGGGAAGCCAUCCACAAGUGGGCCACAUUUGCCGUGGGUCCCGGCCACGGUGUUCAGCUGGAGAACGGGAGAUUGGUCAUCCCUGCGUACGCCUAUUAUGUCCCUUACAGAUGCUGUUCCUUCCCCAUUCCUUUUACAGUUUACCCACGUGCUCUGUCCAUUUACAGCGAGGACUUUGGACAGACGUGGCGUGUAGGAAAGAUGCUUCAAAAAAAGUCAUGUGAAUGUGAAAUGGCUGAAAUCAUAGACCAUGAGGGCAGGAGUCACCUUUAUUGCAAUGCUCGUAACUCCGGAGGGCACAGAUGUGAGGCCUUGAGCGAAAACAGCGGCGUGUAUUUUGACAAACCCCACAUGGCUGCAGAGCUCGUGGAACCACCUUCGGGCUGUCAGGGCAGUGUUAUCGGCUUCCCCGCCCCGGAAUUUGUCCCCAACGAUGAUGCUGAAAGCAAGGCUUGCGGCACCUCGCUCUUGUCUCCUGACACGCAAACCUGGCUCCUCUUCAUCCACCCAACCGACAAGUCCAGCAGAAGGGACAUGGGCGUGUACUUGAACCGAUCCCCCCUGCAUUCGUCGGGGUGGGACAGGCCCCGGAUCAUCCACAGGGGGCCCAGCGGCUACUCAGACCUGGCCUACAACGGAGACAAAGAUCAGUUCUCGUGCCUGAUGGAGUGUGGGAAAGAGAGUGAACUUGAGCAGAUUGCGUUCAUGUCGUUUACGCUUAAUGAUGUCAUGCAGACGGGCACGAAGAAAGAAAAGAAGAUGCGUUGAUUUGUGGUUGCUUUAUUCCUGUGUUAACAAAAGCUCUCUUAAAAAAAAAAAUACUCCUGCAAC